UAGCAUGGAUGACUAGAACUAAGACAAGUACACGUAGAUUUAUACCGAGCUGUUAAUUAAUAACUGUUAAUAAAAUGAGAAAAAUGUUUAAAAUUAAGGGCGAUUGUUGAAGUAGAAUGAUUCGAAGUGGAAAAAACCUAUUUAGCAUAAGGGCUGAUGUUUGAAAGGCAUUGGGUUUUUAUCAAGAGUUUAACCUUCUGAAAGUUCCAUUUUUAAUUUCCCCUGAGGUUCACAUUCCGUAAUCUGAAAAUAUCUAAAAAAGAAAACUAUACGAAAUGGCUGGAUCGGUUGGAGAAUUGGCCCGUCUUGGAAAGAAUUUGGCAAAAGUCCUCGUGGAGAAAGCGAAGCCAAAUUUGGUCACAUUCGCUAAAUAUGCCAAAGUCGAACUGGCACCGCCAACCCCAGGGGAAAUGAUGACAGCUACUCGUGGUUUUAAGAACUUGAUGAGCAGUGCCAAGAGUGGAAAGUGGAAGCAAUUAACAGUCAAAGAAGCGUGGUUAAACACGUUAAUUGCGACUGAAGUCUGCCUUUGGUUUUUCGUCGGUGAAUGCAUAGGCAAAAUGAACUUGGUGGGAUAUAAAGUCAAUGUUUAAUUUUCUAGUGUAACAAUGUAACAAAUAAUACAUCUUGAACUUUCCAUUUUCCUCUAUAGACAGUUAAUUGUUAGCCCUUUGCAAUAAAAAAAACAUGUCAUUUAUUUAAAAUACAAAAGGAAAUGAAUUGUUUCUA